GCUCCGAGGCUCCAGCGAGCGAGCGACGAGCGAGCCCGGGAGGGAGGGAGCGAGCUAGUUGCCGCGCCGCCGCCUAGCAAUCCGCCGCCAUCCCGCCGCCUCCGCGCCCGACCGCCGCCCGACCGCCAUCGCCCGGCCCAGUCGCGCCCGCGGAAUCAGACCAGGCAGAUCGGGAGCGGUGCCGAGAAAAAUUUCCUUACUAGAUGACAUUUCAUCGCAAUGUCCGAUCGUUUGGGGCAAAUAACCAAGGGCAAGGAUGGGAAAAGCAAGUAUUCGACUCUCAGCCUGUUUGAUAAGUAUAAAGGAAAAUCAGUAGACUCGAUCAGAUCCUCAGUUAUUCCUAGACAUGGCUUACAGAGUCUCGGGAAAGUUGCCACAGCCCGGCGUAUGCCACCGCCUGCAAACCUGCCAAGCUUGAAGUCUGAAAACAGAGGAAACGACCCCAACAUCGCUAUAGUACCCAAGGACGGGACGGGAUGGGCAAACAAGCAGGAUCAGCAAGACCCAAAGAGUUCCAGUGCGACGGCCUCUCAGCCGCCGGAGUUGCUGCCGCAGCCGGGUUUGCAGAAAUCUGUCUCCAAUUUGCAGAAACCGACACAGUCGAUCAGUCAGGAGAAUACAAGUUCAGCGCCAGGUGGACCAAAGUCAUGGGCACAGCUGAAUGGAAAGCCAGCAGGACACGAAGGUGGUUUAAGGGCCUCAAGCCGACUAUUAUCCUUCUCUCCCGAGGAAUUUCCGACGCUGAAAGCAGCUGGAGGGCAGGACAAGGCUGGCAAAGAAAAGGGCGUCUUAGAUCUGUCGUAUGGGCCAGGACCAAGCCUCCGCCCGCAGAAUGUGACAAGCUGGAGGGAGGGCGGUGGGCGAAACAUAAUUUCUGCCACGUCUCUGAGCGCCUCCCCAACUGAGCUGGGCAGCAGGAACUCGAGUGCGGGAGACGGAGCCCCCUCCUCGUCAUGUACCAGCGAUUCUAAGGACCCCUCUCUCCGCCCGGCUCAGCCUGUCCGAAAAGGGGCUUCACAGUUCAUGGGGAAUGUAUACCACCCACCUACAUACCAUGACAUGCUUCCUGCUUUUAUGUGUUCGCCACAGUCAUCCGAGAACCAGGGUACAGUGGAACGAGGAUCCUUUCCCCUUCCCCAGCUCCGUCUUGAGCCCCGUGUUCCUUUUAGACAGUUCCAGAUGAAUGACCAAGACGGAAAAGAAAACAGGCCGGGGGUGACUCGGCCGACCCGCCCGCUGAGGCAGCUGGUGGAGCGGGCGCCGAGACCCACCGUCAUCAACGCGGAGAACCUGAGGGGCCUCGACGAUCUGGACACCGAUGCUGAUGACGGCUGGGCAGGCCUCCAUGAAGAAGUGGACUACUCGGAGAAGUUGAAGUUCAGUGAUGAUGAGGAGGAGGAGGAAGUGGUGAAGGACGGCAGGCCAAAGUGGAACAGCUGGGACCCCAGGAGGCAGCGGCAGCUGUCGGUGAGCUCUGCAGACAGUGCUGACGCCAAGCGCACCCAAGAGGAGGGAAAGGACUGGGGCGAAACAGGAGGCAGAACCCGUGUCGUCCGGAAGGUGCCAGAACCUCAGCCGCCUUCUAGGAAGCUUCACAGCUGGGUGUCAGGCCCUGACUACCAGAAGUCCUCCAUGGGCAGUGUGUUCCGGCAGCAGUCUGUCGAGGACAAAGAGGACAAGCCACCCCCGAGGCAGAAGUUCGUCCAGUCGGAGAUGUCCGAGGCCGUGGAGCGAGCCCGAAAGCGCCGGGAAGAGGAGGAGCGCCGGGCCCGGGAGGAGAGGUUGGCCGCCUGUGCCGCCAAACUCAAGCAGCUGGACCAGAAGUGCAGGCGGGCUCAGAAGGCGGGCGGGGCCCAGGAGCCGGCGGGGAAGGAGGCGCCCCGCUCUCCGGGCGCCCCACAGGAGAAUGGCCCAGCUGUCCGCAGAGGCUCCCCUGAGUUCUCUGCCCAGGAAGCCCCCAACACGUUUUCGGAAGAAGCCCCUCCAGCUCCUCCAGCCGCGGCUCAGAGCGGCAGCAGCGACGAGCGGGCCAGGGAGCCUGGGUCCCCCGCGCAGGAGCUCAGCAAGUGCCAGAAGUCGCUUCCGCCCAGGUUCCAGCGCCAGCAGCAGCAGGAGCAGCUGUACAAGAUGCAGCACUGGCAGCCUGUGUACCCUCCGCCGUCCCACCCGCAGCGCACCUUCUACCCGCACCAUCCGCAGAUGCUGGGCUUCGACCCCAGGUGGAUGAUGAUGCCUUCCUACAUGGACCCACGAAUCCCCCCCGCUCGGACCCCAGUGGAUUUCUAUCCCUCAGCCCUACAUCCCUCAGGAUUGAUGAAGCCCAUGAUGGCCCAGGAUUCUCUCAGUGGAGCUGGCUGUCGCUCUGAGGAUCAGAGCUGUGUGCCCCCACUGCCGGAAAGGAAAGUGACCGCCAUCGAUGCAGCCCCCGUGUGGAGCCCCGAGGGUUACAUGGCGUUGCAGAGCAAGGGCUACUCGCUCCCCCACCCUAAAUCCAGUGACACUUUGGCCAUGGACAUGCAUGUCAGUAAAGGCGAGCUGGCUGUGCUGGCCCAGCGCCCCAGCCUCUCCGCGGACACCCCGGCUCCAGCUUGUGUGAACCAGAGGAUCCCCGGCUGCUCGUUGAGUCCACCGGCCACUGACUUCUCCACUCUCUGGACUCCAGGGGCCACCAUCAGCCCAUGGCCCAGCAUCUCUGAGACCUGUUUAAAGAUAGAGCGAAUGAAUGAAAGCUCUUAUUCUGCCUCACCUGGAAGGUCAGGGGGCGUAAGUGCCCGGCGCGAUCUCCUUGAGGAGAGAGGGGAGGAGUACUUGAGUGCUUUUGACAAGAAGGCCCCAGCAGACUUUGACAGCUGUGUCUCUUCUCAAAGGAUAGGCCAGGAGCUUUUGUUUCCACCCCAAGAAAAUGUUCAGGAAGCAGGCGCACCUGGGAGUCACACCCCAAAUCUCAGGUGUUCCACACUGGAGCCUGACUUUGCCCCGGCUGAGAAAAAACCAGAGUAUAGCGAUUGGGACGUGAGCCGCCAGGCGAAGGCCGCCGACCCAGACACCAGGGUCGAGAAAGAGGCGCCCCAGGAGGAGCUGUCCUUCAGUGUCUCCUCCUGGGAGAAGGAAGGGAGCCCCGGCAAACAGCCGGCCCUGGAGCCCGAGUGGACACCAGAAGCCCGGGGCGCCGGCAGCCAGCACCCGGAGCAGACCAGCAGGACCCGGAGGUCUGGCCCUAUCAAGAAGCCCGUCCUGAAGGCCCUCAAGGUGGAAGACAAGGAGAAGGAGCUCGACAAGAUGAAGCCGGAGCUUGGAGAGGGGAGUGCCCGCCCGGCUCGGGAGACGGGGCCCGUUUGCGAGGCGGCCGAGGACCAGGACCAAGAGAACGACCCCGCGCUGGCCCUCGUGGCCCCGGCCGCCUCGGAGGACCAGGGCGAGGCCCGUGCUGCCUUGGGCCGCGAGGCCAGCCGGCCGGAGGAGGAUGACCAGCCCGACGGGGCCCGGGAGGCCAGCCACACACCCCCUACCAAGAGGAAUAACUGGAUCUUUAUCGAUGAGGAGCAGGCCUUCGGGGGCCGGGGGCAGGCCCGGGGCCGCGGCCGCGGGUUCCGAGAGUUCACUUUCCGCGGGCGGCCCGCGGGCGGCGGCCUCUGUGGCGGGGGCGUCCUUGGGGCGCGGGGCCUCUACGGUGGCAGCCAGAGGAGCGGCCGCGGCCGGGGACCGCGAGAGUUCGGGCUGGCAGACGACUUCCCCCGGGCCAAGCCCCGGCGGAGGAUCGCCAGCGAGACCCACAGCGAGGGCUCUGAGUACGAGGAACUUCCCAAGCGGCGGCGGCAGCGGGGCGCUGAGAACGGGGACGAGGGCGCACUCCCGGAGAGGGAGGAGGCCGCCGGGAGGAAGGGCGACUUCAGGGAGUCGUGGAGGUCCGGCAGGAUGUACCCCGAGGACCACGGCGGGCCAGAGGCCAAGAACCGAGGCCCGCGGGCCUUCGGGCGUGCCCUCCCCCCGCGGCUGAGCAACUGCGCCUAUGGCCGGAGAACCUUCGCGGCCAAGGAGGCGGCCCCCUGGCCGAGCCGGGGUCUGGGCGCCCCCUGGCAGGAGUCCGGCCCCCCCGACACAUGCGGGGCCCGGCGGCCCCCAGACAGAGACUACAUCCCGGACACCUACAGACACCCCGACGCCUUGGGCACCCGGGGCUUCGAGGACGGCCGUGUGGAGGACAAGAGGGCCUUCUUCCAAGAUGACCACGCGGCAGAUUCCGAAAAUGCCGAGAACCGGCCCUUCCGGAGAAGGCGGCCCCCGCGCCAGGACAAGCCCCCCCGCUUCCGGCGCCUUCGGCAGGAGCGGGAAGCCCUGGGCCUGUGGGGGCCGGAGGAUGAGCAGCCCCUGCCGACGGGCCAGUGGCCCGGCCGGCCCAGACCCUGUCCCGGGGACAGGAGUGGCACCGCGGGCCGCAAGUCCCCCGAGCUCGCCUGCCAGCACUCCUCGGACCACGCCAACGAGGAGUGGGAGACGGCCUCCGAGAGCAGCGACUUCAGCGAGAGGCGGGAGAGGCGGGACGGGCCCGGGCCCGAGCCCCAGGCCGACGGGCUGCCCGGGGCGAGCGCGGGCGAGAAGAAGGAGCUGGCCAAGCGGAGCUUCUCCGGCCAGAGGCCCCUCGUUGACAGACAGAGCCGGAAGCUGGAGCCGGGGGGGUCUGGGGAGAAGUCUGUUAGGCCAGGUGGCGGUGAAGCUUCUCCCCGUUAUGAGAGCCAUCAGAGUGGGACGCCUUUGAAAGCCAAAAGGUCCCCGGAUGACACCUUGCCUGGAGGUCUUGGCUGCAGCAGUGGGAGCGGCCAUUACACACUGGAGCGGGCGGCCCAUGCCACCUCCGACAUCGCCGAAGCCUCCUGUGAGAAGGCAGAGAAGGAGGCCCAGCUGGCUGCCCAGAGGGCAGGCGAACAGGGAGAGACCAUGAAACCAUUUGACCUGAACUAUGGAAAUGCCGGCGUUGAAAACUGCGGAUCCAGCCCUGGAGAGGAGGGUGAGGUGGGCUCUGUGGCGGGGGAAGGCUUCAUCGAAGUCCUGACCAAGAAGCAGCGCCGCGUGCUGGAGGAAGAGAGGAGAAGGAAGGAGCCAGCCGUGCAGGUACCUGUCAAAGGCCGAAGUCUUUCCUCUCGUAUUCCUCCUCGGUUUGCGAAAAAGCAGAACCCCCUGUGCCUGGAGCAGGGUGAUGGAGCUGUGCCUGGCAGUAGCCUGGGCACCGAGAUCUGGGAGAGCAGCAGCCAGGCAGCCCUCCCCAUUCAGGCCUCGACCAGCGACUCCUGGGCCAAAGCCGCCACUGCCUUUGUCGGCACCGAGCCCGGCUCUGCCGAGCAGGGCUUUAAGAGCAGUCAGGGAGACAGUGGCGUUGACCUGAGCGCCGAGUCGCGGGAGUCCUCGGCGACCUCCUCGCAGCGCAGCUCCCCGUACGGCACUCUGAAACCCGAGGAGGUGAGCGGGCCCGGCCUGGAGCCCAAGGCCGACGGCCACAAGGAGCAGACGCGGAAGCAGUCGGAGCCGAAGGAUUCCGAGCAAGGCUCGGGACAGAGCAAGGAGCACAGACCAGGACCCAUUGGCAAUGAGCGGUCUCUGAAAAACAGAAAGGGCUCCGAGGGGGCUGAGCGGCUGCAAGGGGCUGUGGUCCCCCCUGUUAACGGGGUGGAGAUUCACGUGGACUCUGUGCUGCCGGUGCCCCCCAUCGAAUUUGGAGUCAAUCCAAAGGACUCUGAUUUCAGCUUGCAGCCCGCCGCUGCCUCCGGUCCCGCGGGGAGUCCAGUGGUCAAACUUCAGGACGCGUUGGCCAGCAACGCUGGGCUGACACAGAGUAUUCCCAUCCUCCGGCGCGGCCACCACACCCAGAGGGCUGUUGGCCUCUCCCAGAUGUCCUUCCCCACCGCCGACCUCACUCUGAAGAUGGAGUCUGCGCGCAAGGCUUGGGAAAACUCGCCCGGUUUGCCGGAGCAGAGCUCUCCAGGAGGCACUGGCUCGGGCCUGCAGCCCCCGUCCUCCGGGGGAGCCUCCAGCGGGGUCAGCUACAGCUCCUUCGGUGGGGUCUCCAUGCCCCCCAUGCCCGUGGCCUCGGUCGCACCUUCUGCGUCUCUUCCAGGCAACCACCUGCCACCUCUCUACCUGGAUGGCCAUGUGUUUGCAAGUCAACCCCGGCUGGUUCCUCAGACGAUACCUCAGCAGCAGAGUUACCAACAGGCUGCCGCUGCCCAGCAGAUCCCAAUUUCCCUUCACACGUCUCUGCAAGCUCAAGCCCAGCUCGGACUGAGGGGCGGGCUCCCCGUCUCCCAGUCUCAGGAGAUCUUCAGCUCCUUACAGCCCUUCAGAUCUCAGGUGUACAUGCACCCCAGCCUGUCACCGCCCAGCACCAUGAUCCUCUCUGGAGGCACAGCCUUGAAGCCCCCCUACUCGGCGUUCCCAGGCAUGCAGCCCUUGGAGAUGGUGAAGCCCCAGUCUGGCUCCCCCUACCAGCCCAUGAGUGGAAACCAAGCCCUGGUCUACGAGGGCCAGCUCGGCCCGGCCGCUGGGCUCGGCGCCUCCCAGAUGUUGGACUCCCAGCUCCCGCAGCAGCUGACGAUGCCGCUGCCUGGCUCCCAGCUGCCUCUGCCUCGGUACGGCUCUGGGCAGCAGCCCCUGCUCCUGCCGCAGUCCAUCCAGCUGCCACAGGGGCAGAGCCUCUCUGUCGGGGCCCCCCGAAGAAUGCUCCCACCCGGGUCCCAGCCUUCGGUCCUUAACACCAGCAGAGAGUCCUCUCAGAUGGAGAUGAAGGGCUUCCACUUUGCCGACAGUAAACAGAAUGUUUCUUCAGGAGGCUCCAUGCCAUCACCGCAGACCUACAGCGAAGACUGGAAAGAUACUCAGCAUAACGCACGUAUCAGGCCUAGCUCUGCUAGCCCCAGUGGGAAGCCCUCUGGAUCAGCAGUUAACAUGGGCUCUGUGCAGGGACACUACGUUCAACAGGCAAAACAACGAGUGGAUGAAAAGCCCAGCCUGGGAGCCGUGAAGCUGCAGGAGGCCCCCUCAGCCUCUCCCCAGAUGAAGCGAACUGGAGCGAUCAAGCCCCGGGCAGUGAAGGUGGAGGAGAGCAAGGCCUGAAGAUUCUGGGCCUGGCCUGCCCGGAAGGACUGCCGCCCCUCGACCCCGCUGCCACCGGACGCUCGGGAGUCUCCCAGAUGGAUCCACCGUCCACCGACCCGGCCCGGACUGCGAGAUCUCCCUGCUCUCCUCCACUCCUGAAAGCUCCGUUGUCCAACCAGCUUGCACCCGUGGAUCUGUGGCAUUGACCUGCUUGGCUUUAAUACGAAACAAACAAAAAAGCAAAUGACUCCAUUCCCGCCUCCUUUCCGCCACGACCGUGGAGUGACCGAGCCGUCAUGCCGUGCAGAUGAACCCCGCCCUCCCCUCCUCAUCCUGCUCCUGGUGGCCACGGCGCCCUCCACCCGCCCUCCGCCGAGCUUCCUUCCCUCCCCGCCUUCCGUCCCCGGGCACAGUGGUCUGGCAGCAGGGCCGUUUCAGUUGAGGCUUUUUGUUCUAAAAAGCAGCUAAAGGUUUUUACAAAAGAGAAAGGAAAAGAAAAACACAAGCUUCGUCUGUAAGAGCUGGACUUUUAUAUGUUCUUUGCCAUCUUCUCCCUGACCCCUCUUCUGUUCCGGUAGUUUCCUUUUAACCUCUCUCCUGUUUCAUUUGAUACAUCACUGCGAUACCUUAAGAGAUGACUCUUAGGAACGUGCCCUCUCCUGCUCGCUC